ACAGGUUUGUUUAACUAAUUCUUAAAAUUAUAGUUUAAGUAGGUACCUAAAUUAUAGUUAACUUUAUAGUUCAAAAUUUGUUAUAGAUAUUCAACCAAAAGAAACAUUUCACAAGGGCCAGAUGAAGAUUAUGGAGCCGUUCAUACUGAGAGUGAAAUAAUUGAUAUGCCAUAUAAUGAAUAUCAAAUAAAAAAAGACUGUUUCUUAGAAAAAUUAAAACUCACAUCUAAACAAUUACAACUUUUAGAACGAAAUACAGUGGACCAAUCAAAUUGCGAUGAAUGGCGACGAGAACGAAAAAUAAGGCUCACGGCUUCGAAUUUUGGUAAAGUUGCAAAACUCAAAGACACAACUUCUCGUGCAAAUACUGUGAAAUAUAUUCUCUACGAGUUAUUUCGGGGAAAUUCAGCUACAAGGUAUGGCAUUCAAAAUGAACCGUUGGCCAAAGAAGCUCUGGAAAUUAAGCUAGGUGUAAAUAUCCAGUCAUGUGGUCUGUUUGUUGACAAAAAAUCAACAUUUUUAGCAGCUAGCCCGGAUGGUUUGAUUGACAAUAAUUCCAUCGUAGAAAUUAAAUGUCCAGCGUCAAUAAAAGAUUUAACACCAAAAGAAGCUUUUAAAAAUAAAAAAUUGAACUUUAUGAAUUCUAUUGAUGGAGAGUUAAAAUUAAAAACUUCUCAUGAUUAUUAUUAUCAAAUACAGGGGCAAUUACACAUAACUGAAAGGAAAUAUUGUUACUUUGUCGUAUGGACGCCUAAAGGAAUGAUUGUUGAUAAAAUCACAAAAAAUAACGAAUUUUGGAUGAAAAUCGAGCCUCGUUUAAUACAAUUUUACAUGGAGUGCUUGCUUCCUGAAUUAAUUGACUCGCGGUUUGACAGAGGACUUCCUUUAAGGACUGGUUUAAGAUAA